UGGGGGGGCAGGAAAGAAUUGGUUAUUUGAGGGUGCACUUGGGUGCAUACGGACACUUUUUUCUAUCAGGCAGGGGAACACAACUUUUGAGGUAAAGUACUUUUCCCAGGACAAGACGGAGAAUGGUAGGACUUUUGUCUUUCCCAAGGAAAUGAAAGAGGACUUAAGAAGCUGAGCUCGAAGGAACUGUUUUUUUGUCUGAUUCCAAAGCUAGCUAUAUAAUGCUGCUGUGGCUCAUGCCCUGAGAUGGCCAAAACAGGCACUGAUGAACCUCAGUUAUCACAAGAAACAGAGCCAACUUCACAGGUCAAAAAAGAAUGGUCAGUGGCAAAGACAGAAUCCCAGAACACAGUGAAAAUUGAAGUAAUUUGCACAGAUGAUGGCGAAAGUUCUACGCACAGCACUGCUGAGGAGCCAGCCCGCAAACGCAAAAAGGGACCUGCCCCCAAGAUGUUGGGGGAUGAAGUCUGCAGCGUGUGCGGGGACAAGGCCUCGGGUUUUCACUAUAAUGUCCUGAGUUGUGAGGGCUGUAAGGGCUUCUUCCGGCGCAGCCUCAUCAAAGGAGCUCAGUACACCUGCAAGGGCAGUGGGCAAUGCCACAUGGACAUGUACAUGCGCCGAAAGUGUCAGGAAUGCCGGUUGAAAAAAUGCCGACAAGCAGGCAUGCGGGAAGAAUGUGUCCUUUCAGAAGAGCAAAUCCGCAAGAAGAAGAUCUCUAAACACGAGGGUGAUACGGUUCCAGCUGAGGAGAGAGAUGGAGAUGAAGUACUUCGAGUGCCUCCAUUGCUCUGUGAUCCUGCUUUAUCCCAGCCUGAGCCAGUUCCUCUUACCCCACAGCAGGAAGGCAUGAUCCAGCAGUUGGUGGCAGCCCAACAACAGUGCAACAAGAGGAGCUUUAGCGAUCAGCCCAAAGUCACGCCCUGGCCAAUGAGCAGUGACCCCAACAGCCGGGAAGCCCGCCAGCAGCGCUUUGCCCAUUUUACAGAAUUAGCCAUCAUCUCAGUGCAAGAGAUUGUGGACUUUGCCAAGCAAGUACCCGGCUUCCUGCAGCUCUCGCGGGAAGACCAAAUCGCUCUGCUGAAGGCUUCUACCAUUGAGAUCAUGUUACUGGAGACAGCCCGACGCUAUAAUCAUGAGACUCAGUGCAUUACAUUUCUUAAAGAUUUCACAUACAGCAAGGAUGACUUUCACCGUGCAGGUCUUCAAGUUGAAUUCAUCAAUCCUAUAUUUGAGUUUUCCCGGGCCAUGCGAGAGUUGCAGCUGGAUGAUGCCGAAUAUGCCCUCCUCAUUGCGAUCAACAUCUUCUCUGCUGACAGGCCCAACGUGCAGGACCAUGGCCUGGUAGAGGCAUUGCAGCAGCCCUACAUCGAGGCCCUCAGUUCGUACAUCCACCUCAAUCGCCCACAGGACCACCUGAUGUUCCCCCGCAUGCUGAUGAAGCUGGUGAGCCUGAGGACUUUGAGCAGUGUGCACUCAGAGCAGGUCUUUGCUUUGCGCCUUCAAGAUAAGAAGCUUCCGCCACUUCUGUCUGAGAUCUGGGACGUACAUGAAUAGACAUUUUGAAUGGACUGGGGAAGAGGUUGACCUCUCCCAGCAGCACCAGCAGACGCGCUACCCCCAUAGCGAGUCUUUGGAUUCAGCAUAAGCCUUACAAUGGCUGGACUGGGAUCCUGCCAAAAGAAUGGAGUCAAGUGAGCUUCUAAGCACUUUUGUUUUCUCCUCCUUCCCAUGUAGUCGUCAUCUUUCUUCCAUUGCUUCAGGUUUGGUGGAGGGGGGGGAGGUCAGUCACCACCUUCUGUCUAAGUGGGAAGAGGGAGAAGUUGUAAAAAAAAAACUUUCUUCCAAAGACCGUAUACUCCCUCCUGUUUGUGAAAGCAAAUAGCUGUGCCCUGCAUCAUUAACUUUUAACAACUGCAGCGAUUCCUUAACAACCAGUGGCAAGACAACCUAGGACUGUUUCUUUCUCCUUAAGGAGGGAAGAGUUUUACAGUGGAAAAAAAGAAGGAGUUGCCACAUAUAGUACCUGGUGUAUGGGGCAAAUACUCAGAAGAAAUAAACUGGUCAUGAAAAUGAA